CCAUUAUAAAAAAAAUUGUAUAAAUUUCGCAUGCUUCAACGAUAAUUGGCAAGUAAAAAAAAAAUACAAAAAUCAAAAGAAUACAUAUGGUCACCUCACCCACUCAUCAACACAUUCGGGCGCGCGACACUCAAAUCUCUAAACAUUUUCGUUUGUGAAGUGCCUUCAUUGGAGUUGUCCAUAGACUGUCGUGCAGGGGCAUCACCACCAACUCCACCAUCACCACUACCAAUACCAACACCACCACCACCACCACUACUAUCACUACAGCCACAGCUACAACCACUAAUGCGCUUACAAUCACUUAUACAUAGGUUGCAGGACAUCCUCAUCGACGUAAUUGUAACACAUGUGUGGCAACGCAUAUUCUAAAUUGAUCGAAUUAAAUAAUAAUAAGCCAAAUUGAAAGUCUUAUGCGGUUUUGGCAUCAUCGAUUUGCCACAUACAUUGUUUGUUUGUGCAUAAAGUCCACUAGUUAAUUUUGAAGGCAGGAUUUGACAAGGGUAUAUAAAUCAUAAAUUCACAAGUUGCUCAUUGCACUCAGCGCCCACCACAAUGAGUUUGUGGAAGCGUAUCGCAUGCUUUCCAGAGCUCGAAAAACGCAUGACUCAGUACUAUGAUGGGAAGGGCCUCGCCGAAAUACGCGUGCAAUUCGCAGCAUGGAUUGAAGAUACUUUAAUGAGCCAACAACAACCCCCGGCUAGCGAUAAAAUUUUCGAACAAUUAGUUAACUCAUUCUACGAGGGCCUCAAGCAGAAGCUCAUUACUUUAGAUGGUGAUAAUUUGUUUAAAUUUAAGAUACGGGAAAUUUGCACACAUCUUGGACAAACAACACCCAUUGAGCUCUAUACGUACGUUCGUAACGGUCUGCUCCGUGAAAUUCAGGCAUUGAAGGAAAUGCCACAAAAUCCCUACAUGUAUAAUCCGGCAGUUGUAGGUUGUAAUGGGAUGGGUAUGAAUACGGGUAAUCCCUAUAUGGGUAGCGUCGGCGCUCACCUUGCUGAUGUACGUAUGACCGAGGAUACUUAUGCUUUGCCGGCGCGCAUACAAAAAUUGGCAGUCGAUGUUGACAAUAUGCGUUUGGCCAUACAAGGUUUGCAAGGCGAACAGGAAGCUGUGGUAAAAUAUUUCAAUCAAACGCGUGCAAUGGUGACGCCACAAGAGUUGGAGGAGCUGGAUAAUCAGUAUAAGCAACAAUAUCUGAUUUUGUGCAAUCGCAAGAAUGGUGUAGUUGAUGAUUUACGACGCGUAAUCAGCGAAUAUGACACCAUACAAGAUCAAGUGAUAAUGGCACUGAAAAUGUGGCAACGAAAUCAGGCGCUCGCUGGAAAUGGUGCGCCAUUCCAUGAUAAUUUGGAUGAUAUACAACGCUGCGUAGAGAUGUUGGUCGAUAUGGUCUCCAAAAUUCACGCUUUUGUCAACAAUCUGAUCUUGAUGAGCAUGGGUGAGACUGAGGACCCGAUACUGGCUGAGAUGCUCAACCAUGUACGUUCUGUACAAAGGUUACUGGUCUUGUCGGCGUUUAUUGUAGAGCGGCAGCCACCUCAAGUAAUGAAAACACAAACGAGAUUCGCUGCAGCUGUACGAUGGUUGAUUGGUCCACAACUUGGCGUAUAUACGAACACUCCAGUAAUUGAAUGCGUUAUACUUUCAGAGGCCCAAGCACAACGCCAUGCAGCAAAUAACAGUAAUUCUGAUAUGCAACCUGGUUCUCCACCCCAAUCGUCCGGCGAAAUCAUAAAUAACAUAAGCACAAUGGAAUAUCAGCAAGCCACACGCGUAUUUUCAGCAAGUUUUAGAAAUAUGCAAUUAAAGAAAAUUAAGCGCGCCGAAAAGAAAGGAACAGAAAGCGUAAUGGAUGAAAAAUUCUCCCUACUCUUCUACACAACAGUGGUUUUCAAUGAAUUCAAAAUAAGUUGCUGGACACUUUCCUUGCCCGUUGUUGUGAUUGUGCAUGGCAAUCAAGAGCCCCAGUCCUGGGCCACUAUCACUUGGGACAAUGCAUUUUCAGAUAUAACACGCGAACCUUUCCAAGUUCCAGAGAAAGUACGCUGGGCGCAGUUAUCAGCAGCGCUGAAUACCAAAUUUGGCUCGGCUACCGGAAGAAAUUUAACUGAAGACAAUUUGAAUUUCCUUUACGAGAAACUUUUCCGCAACGAAGCCGGCGAGCAUACUGAAUUCAUUACAUGGGCGCAAUUUUGUAAAGAGCCAUUGCCAGACCGAUCUUUUACAUUCUGGGAUUGGUUCUUUGCAAUAAUGAAAUUGACAAAGGAUCAUUUAUUAAAUCUUUGGAAAGAGGGUUUAAUUGUUGGUUUCAUAAAUAAACGCAAGACGUUGGAGGAAAUCCUGCCGAUGCAACAGUAUGGCACAUUUUUAUUGCGCUUUUCAGAUAGCGAACUAGGUGGUAUAACUGUGGCUUUUGUCGACGAUCAGGGCAACAAGCUGAUGCUGGCGCCGUGGACCUCAAGAGACUUGAAUAUACGCUGUUUGGCGGAUCGCAUACACGACUUGAAUGUGCUGCGUAUUGUUUAUCCGAAGAAUUUGCCACGUGAUGAGGCAUUCGGUAGCUUUUACUCACAUCAUGUUGAUGAACAAAAAACAACGCGAGAUGGAUAUGUAGCAAGUGAUAUAAGGGUUAAUGUACCGGCCAUAGAGGGUGGCUCUGUAGUGGGUACGCCACAGCAUCAGCCGCAAGAUAUACCUAUGCCAAAUUAUAGUCUUGACGACAUCGAUUGGAGUAACGUUAUGGUCUGAAAUGGGUGGGCUGCAUAAAGGCAAUGUAUAAGUGAUUGGUGUAAUGGUCAAUUGCUUAGUGGAGUGCAUCAUAUCAUAUGUGCUCAAUACUGUUAAGCAGUGACAAUUUUAUUUCUGAAUUUGAUUCAAUUUUAUAUUGAUGGAUGCGGAUAGACACACACGCGCGCAUGAAAAUAUACACUUAUAUACACCAUAAGAAACUGAGCCAGAAAAAGUACGCAUGGGAAAUAAAUUAUACUAAAAUAUGAACACACAUUUGAUUUUUAUGCCAUCAAAGAGCUAUGAAAAUUAUAAUUGGUUGGAAAAUGCAUUACUUCGUUUCAUAGUCAUGAGUUCACUAGCAGCAAGCAAGUAAUUACAUAUGUAUACAUAAGUAUAGUCAAAUAGCUAUUAGUAAUAACCCGCGCACACCACGCCCAUCACCACAAUCCAACCACACCAAAUAAGUGAGAUAUGCGCAUUAACAAUAUCCUUCGACGUCCAUUACUAGCCAAUACGGCCAAGUGACCAUUUCAAUCACCGACGAUGCUGAGCAUUUUCAAAUAUUGCUGAACUUCUGGUUUUGCAUAUACGUAGUACGUGCAUGCUGGAAUUUAAGCGGAAUCAUGGAUUAAAAACCACAAAUCCUUCCUGGGGACGGAAGGAUAUCCAAUUAUCAUUUCUUGUUACUACAUUAUGCGUCUACUUUCAUGUUGCAAGUCAAUGCUGAAAACACAUAACCUGCAUGCUGUAUCGCCUUGAAAUUGUAAUAAGUUUGUAAUCUUUAAAGUGUUUGCCUAGUUUUCUUCUACUACUCUUUCUUAUUCCCUCGCAAACUUUUAUUCGUGUUUGUGGUUAAUAUGCGCAUAGUUUAAAAGUAAAUGUAAUAUUUUUACACUCGUCGUUGCCUUAUAUAUUUACACUAAAUUUUGUUUGUUUAUAUAUUUUUGAACUGUUUUUAAUAGUGAAAUGAACUAUUCGAUGUAUUGUAUUAGUUUAUUAAUGAUACCUGUUGUGUUGUGGUAAACCAAACAAAACAGAAAUAUACAAAUUUAAUUUUUGUUUAAUGCAUGCGAAAAGGGCUUUAUUACGUAUAAAAAAAAUAUGUAGACAUUACAUUUAAAUGUUUAAGUAAGUGCAGACUAAAAUAGGUUUAACGUAAGAGCAUAUAAAGUGAAAUUGUGAAGCAAUGAGAUAGAAAAUAAAUAUUAACGGCAAACCAGUCAACGAUAAAUGUUGAAUGUUUCAUGAUAAUUGUGAAUACGUAAUUUAAGUGUAAUUAAUUUAAGCAAUGAAAGUAUGAGUGUACUCUCUUAAACGAAAUUUACUAGAGGGCGAAAUAUUCAAGUAUGGUUAUACAAACUUAUUUUGAAAUUAAUGUUUUUUGUUCUUACAAAAUUCUGCGUGGUUGUGCAAAUAAUAUGUGGUCAAAUAAAUAGAGCCAAGAAAAUAAUAAAUUGUGUGGUUCUUUUGAAAUAAUCCUUUUUCAAUGCAGCUAAACUUAAACUAUUUUUUUUAGUUUUUCACAUAACAGAAAGUAUCACCUCGAACGAACUGGUAGGUCGCCGCUCUAACACAUACCAUACCAGUGAUGUACUAGCAGGUUGGUACCAUUUGAUUUGCUAGAAUGUUUGGCUUUUCACUGCAGCUCAAUUACUGGAAAUUUAUAACAGCAAGAAAACAAUAUCGACGUCAUAUACUCAACACCCUCUAAAAAUCUACAAAUUUAACAAAAACUAGUUCCUGACAUAAGCAUCUAUUUUAGGCUUAUCCUUAGGGUUUAAAAUAAUACCAAAGUUGAAGUCGCAGAUGUAUGCAAAUAUCAGAAACAAUUUUUUGUGAGAACUGCAGAUGGAGGGUAUUGAAUAUUUAUUUAUUUAUUCUCUUGGCAAGAGAAACACAUGAGAUAAAGGAAAUCAAAAAAUUUAGGCUCUAUUGAUUGUCCACAUGUGUAUAUGUACAAUACGUAUGUAUACAUACUAUUAUUUUCCUUUUACAUUGGAUUUUUUUUCUAGUAUUAUUUACCGGGCAAGUUCGCUAUAUGGUUUUGAGUUUCUGCAGCUAAAAUUUGAAAAAGGUAACUCACAUUUUUUAAGUGCAGUAUUUUAUUUUUUCAAAAUCUAUUUUUUUUUUCAUGAAAUUUGUAUGUGCCUUUGAUUUGCUUCAAGCUAUAUUAUACUUGAAUUUUUCUGGCAUUCUUCGUGCAUAUCCUUUCCUUUUCAUCAUAUACAAUACUUACUUACAUAUAUUAUAAGCAAACAAAUUUGACAUACUUUUCUUAUGGUAUGUAAGUCUUUGGGUUUUUAAUAUGAAUUCGUAUACAUACAUUAAAAAAAAGUGAAUCAAACUUAAUUUAAAUUAGUAUUUAAUAAUAUAAAUAAAAUUUUGAUUACCACUUUCUUUCAAAGAGCAGGAGGUGUAUAUUUAACAAAUGUAUAACUAUAUGUAACUUGAAAAACGUUUAUUGAAGUUGAACGCUCGAACGUAACAUUGAUUUGUGAUUUUUCUUACAAAAUUUUUAGUAAUUGGCUUCCACUUUCGUUUUUCUAUAAUAGUUAUUUAGUAAUAAUUAAAAUAAAUUCAUAUUAAGUUUGUAAAAAGGAAUUAAGAAAUUGCAGUUUGUUGGUUUGGCUUGUGUUGUAAAGAUAAAUAGUUUGUAAGAAGGGAAAUUAAAUACAUUAAAUGUAUUAAAACUCAUCCGAAUUCACGAUUCACAUAUGUAUAUGUGUAUGUAUGCAUAUGGAUGUCAAGUCAAAAGGUAUAUUUUUAGUGUUAGAAAAUAGUUGAAAAAUGAUAUACAUGCAUAAGUAAAUGUACGUUUAAUUUUACAGUAAGCAGCAUUAAUAUUCGCUUAUCUUUAAAUAUGCGGUUAUUUUCUUAAUUUCUAAUCAAAGUUUGUAAACAAUUUUUUGGACCGAGGGUAGUAGUUACUUGCAUAGGGUGCUAUAUUUCUUAAACAAAAAAAAAACUUGUAAAAAUUUACUAAAAUAAGGGUAAUCACAAUAUUCUGCAAAAGGUCUGGCAUGCGCAUAUUUCGGUGCAUUUGUAAAAUUUAUCUGCAAAGCAAUAUACAUUUUCAUUCUAGUGAAUGUGCAUGAAAUGAGAUUGUGAUUACCCGCAAUACGUACAUACAUACGUACAUAUUUCACAGGGUAAGACCAAAUAAUCACUCGCAAUUUUUCGCAGCACCGCUACAACGCAAUUCUAUUUCUUUUGUAUUUAGGAUGCGAAUAUUAUUGAUGCUAAUUGUAUACAUACUGAAAGAGUAUACACUACUCUUCAAUUGAAAAAUCGCGCAUAGAAAUAUAAAUUUACAAAUUAAAUUUUACCAUACACACUAUGUAUAUUAUAUUCUACAUACAUAUGCAUAUAUAUAAUAAUAAAGCAAAAAUAAAUAUAUAAAUGAAAUUUAUAUGGAGCAUGUUAAAAUUGAAAACUUAUUUAAUUACACUCAAAUUAAAGUCUAGUUUUUAAGCCCACAUAAAAUGUUUACUUGUAUGAUGUUUAUGUGUUUAUAAUAUGUAUGCUAUAAACUGAAUGUUCACAUGUCAGCCAUAUUUACAACCUACUCUGUAUACCUACAUACAUAUGUAUACACAACUCUGAAGAACUACAUAAACUUUUUACUAAAAAGCAUAGUUUAAAUUGCGACGCACUGGAUUUGAAGGAGUCUGAUGUUACGACAGCGAAGAGUUCAAAACGUAAAACUACAAGCAGCCUCUUGAACCUAAUUCGUAUAAACUAAAAAAUCGUUGACUGUUCAGCGUAAGCAAUAAAUUUUACACACACACACACACACUUACAAAAUGUGUUAGUUACUCGAUCUUUUUUAACAGAAUUUCUAUAUUUCUAUGCAAAAUACCCAAUAUGGAUGUAUUUUUUUAAUCGGAUUUUAUAUAUCAUAUGCAUGUACUAUUCUCUUUAAUGUACUCAAGCCUUUAACGAUGCAUUCACAAUGCACAUACAUCGACGUUAAAUGUUAAUGAUAAUGAAAUUAAAAUAAAAAAGUACAUCGAAGUAAAUUAUACUACAAUUUAUGGAAUAAUGAUGAAGAAAACAUCAUUGCACAAUUGCACACAUGUAGCAUCCUUUUGGUGGCGAAUUAAAUGUAUGUUAUGUAUUGCAAAUUUAUUUACAGCAACACUGAAAAUAAUAAAUGAGUAAAUAAAGCAAAUUUGUGAAACUUA